UGCAUUGACUCCAUUAGCAAAGCAACAAGACCAUCUUCAGCCACAUAUAAAAACCCCAUAUCCUCUCUCCCUCUCCCUCUUUUCAGAUAGCAAAACACCAUAGCACUCCUCCUUUGUCUCCACCACCAAGGAAGGAACCAGAACCAAACCACCCUCCACUAAUUAAGCACUCUACCUCUCUUAAUCACAUGUAAUUAAAACUAAACACAAUGGCCUCCAUAAACACCCUUCCCUACUCCUCUCCUCCACAUUUCUUCCCUAAACCAUCCUCCUCCCUUUACACCCCUCCUCAAAACUCCUUCUCCACUAAGCGUCGGCGUUCUCGCAAAUCCAAAACCCUAACUAACAACCCCAAUAAACCCUCCUCCUUAGACAGUGAUUAUUAUAUCACCCUUAACAACAAUUCCCAAAAUCUCAAAUUAGUCCUUAAUAUUACCCAAAUUUCAAAGUUACCCUCUUCAAGAUUUCACCAGUUCCUCUCUUUAGGUCAAGAAGCAGUUGAUGAUUUGAAAACCCUAGUUAGUCUCGACGAGAACAAUCGAGUAGUCCUCUCGUGCCAAAAGUCAACGUUGCAGUUUGCUGGUACUGUGUUGCUUUCUGGGUUUCUUUUAAUUUCUUCGAUUAGGGUUUUGUUUAAAUUAGGGUUAGGGUUUAAGCGUAAAUUUGGGGCUGGAAAAAACCCUAAUUUUGUUGUUCGUAGAGAUCGGAGUCUAGGUGGGAAAGAAGUGAUUGUUGCAGUGGAUGACCAACAAAGGGAAGAGAGUAAAAGACCCAAGAGACUCGCCAACCCGGUUGAAAUUUCGGGUCUGGUUGAUGGGUUGGGUUUUGAGAGGGGUGAUUGGACGAGGUAUCGGGUUGGGAGCCAACAGAAGUUGCCGAAAUGGUGGCCGGAUUCGGGCUCAUUUUCGGGUCGGGUUGUCGGGCCGGAUCAAGAGGAGUAUCAGAGGGAGGCUAACAGAUUAAUUCGAGCGAUCACGGAUUAUAGAACGAGGGGAAAGGAUGUAAUGGAGCAUGACAUAAUUCAGUUGCGUCGAAUAUGCAGGACAUCUGGAGUCAGGGCCUCGUUCAGCACAACAAACACUCGAGAUGCCUUCUACCGUGCAUCAAUUGACGUUGUUUUAAAUGUUUGCAGCAGUGCCCCGAGUUACUCUACUUCUGUUGAGAUUGCUGGUGAAGAUCCCCGACAUUUUAUUGCUGGCCUUGCUGAAAAUAUUGGGCUUGAGAGCAUUCGUGCUGCAAGAAUGGUAUCUGCAGCUGUUGCUGCACGCACACGUUCAUGUUUCUUGCAAGCAUGGGCGUUAGAAGUUCAAGGCAAACAUUCUGAAGCCGUGUACGAGCUGUCAAAGAUAUGCCUUGUUCUACAAACAUUUCCUCCUGAAGAGUCCUCACCUGAAAUGGAGAUGGUGGCUCGGGGACUUGCGAGGAAUUUGAAAGUGGAGCAGAGGGAACUGUUAAUGAAUAUGUUUAUGGGGGUCUGCAGUGAAGAAAGUCAGAGAAGUGCAGCAGAUGCUCUUGGUUUGGUUUGUCCACAUGCCCUCCCCUGAAGGAGUUGGAGAUCAAUAAUAGUAGCGCAUUAAGGAUACACGGAAAGUAGUACAUUUUAUAGUUGUUAACUGUAUUCUUUGCAACCCAAAACCUCUCAUAGUGUACAUUGGCUAAUAAUCAAUGCUGUUUAUUUUCUUAAACAACUUUUUCAAUCU